GGUUGUAACGAGAUGGAAUCUCAUAAAUCAUAUAGUACUAAAAAAAUAAUAUAAUAAAAUAUGUGAUGAAUAAUAGACAAUCAAGGGUGGAGAUUCUCUCCUUGCACUUUGGCUCUCUCCUUUAUCUUCCCAACACCUCUUUCCCACUCUCACUCCUCCUCCCCCUCUUCUUCUUCUUCUCUCUAAAUCCCUUCUUCCUUUCCACCAUCAACAACACACACACAUAUAGCUAUAGCCAAGAAGAAGAAGAUCAAAAAUGUUGCUAGGGAAGAGGACAAGGCCACCAAUGAAAAGAACAACAAGCAUGACUGAAUUCACCUUAGAUCUCAAUAACAAUCCUAUUGACCCUAAUUCUUGUGUCAACAAUAAUAAUAAUUACAAUAAUCCCUUUGAUCCUCAUAACCCUUUCACGCCUAUCUCACCUGUCUCACCACUAGAUCAACAACGUUCGUUGAACCCACCUAAAGCUGUUAGAAACCGCCGAAAAUCUGCUGAUUUUGUUGAAACUGCCAAUUUUUUGAAAGCUUGUUUCCUCUGUAAGCGUAGCUUAAUCCCUGGUCGAGACAUCUACAUGUACAGAGGGGAUAGUGCUUUUUGCAGUCUAGAGUGUAGACAGCAGCAAAUGAACAUAGAUGAGAAGAAGGAAAAGUGUUCAUUGGUUGCAUCUAGGAAGGACUUUAUGUCAAACUCCUCCACCGUAGCCCGCGGGAAAGGAUCUGAUGUCUCCGCCACAAGCGAGACCGUCGCUGCCGUUUAGAUAGUAGUGGAACAAUUUUAUUAGGCCAUGUAUGGAUUGGAUGAUGAAUAUGUGUGGUUAAUUGCUAUGUUACCCACACUAAAACAAAACUGCAUAUCAAAGCUGCUAAUAUAAUAUGUAUGUGUAUGUACAUGUUGUGGGAGUAAGAUUUGCAUGAUGAAUGAUGGUGAUUAUAUAAAUAUAUUUCUCUUUCUCUGUUU